UUUGCUCUCUUCCAUCACUUUCCCUCCUCUCCAGCUCACAGAAAACUCCAGCCCACAUCCCACUUACAGUAAUUGAUUGAUGGAGUAGCUGGGGGAGACUUUGACUCGAUAGAGGAGCAGGUUGUCAGCCACACAGUUGCAAUAAAAAAGAAAAUCGCCCGAGGUGCCUGAAACAGAGGCACAGUAGGAACGGAGACGGGCACCGGCGAGAAGGAGGAGUAAGAGGAGGAGGAGGAGGGCAGACUGCUUCAGCUUGGCCGAGUCGCGAUGGAGACGCGCGGCAUGAGUGAUUAGCGAGCAGCCGCUUGUGGAAAGCGCAGGUUUGGUCAAGGUGGAAUACAAAGUGAGGAUCAUCCAGAAGUUACCGGAGCCGCAUUCAUUCCGUGUCAAUACGCGGAUUAUCUGAGAAUCAUGAACGUGCCGCCUCCAGACCGCAGGAAAAACAUGCGAGAACUGGCUUUGGAGAUUGGUAUCCGAGUUCUGCUCUUCGGAGUUUUUGUAUUCACAGAGUUUCUGGAGCCGUUUGAGAGAGUGAUUCAACCGGAGGAGCUCUGGCUCUACAAGAAUCCUCUGGUUGAGUCAGACCACAUUCCCAAGAGGGUCAUGUUCGCAAUUUCCUUUCUUACCCCACUGGCGGUGAUAUUUGUGGUGAAGAUAAUUCAGAGGACGGACAAGACAGAAAUCAAAGAGGCAUGUUUAGCUGUGUCCCUGGCUCUCGCCCUGAAUGGAGUCUUCACAAACACCAUCAAGUUGAUUGUUGGCAGGCCCAGGCCCGAUUACUUCCAGCGCUGUUUCCCAGAUGGACAAGUGAAUGUGAAGAUGCUGUGCACCGGGGAGCCCGAUCUGGUCUCAGAGGGGCGCAAGAGCUUCCCCAGCAGUCAUUCCUCCUUUGCUUUCUCUGGUCUGGGCUUCACCUCCUUCUAUCUGGCGGGGAAGCUGCAGUGUUUCACGGAUCAGGGUCGAGGGCGUAGCUGGCGUCUCUGUGCCAUGGUGCUGCCCCUCUACAGCGCCAUGAUGAUUGCACUGUCCCGGACCUGUGACUACAAACACCACUGGCAAGACGCCUUUGUCGGAGGAGUGAUCGGUUUGCUGUUUGCGUACGUCUGCUACCGCCAGCACUACCCACCCUUUCUGCACAUGGACUGCCACCUGCCUUACGCCAGCCUGGCCAACGCCGCCCACGUGCCCUCGCAUCCCCCGGACGACCCGCAUCCCACUGACAAUGCCACCACCCUCCCCCUGGAGGGCUUGACUGAAGGUCCAGUAUGACUAGUGGCCACCACCGAGACUACCCCCAACACCCUCACGAAGCCAGCAAGCCCACCUCCCCAUCCCUAGUGACUGGCUGGCUCUCGUACACAUUCAAGUGGACAUUAACACCUACAUCUUCAUACAGUUACGCUCAGUCUCGGUGACACACAUUCUUUUCGUGUUUAUUCUUUUAAAUCUGGCUCUUGCUCAGCAGCCAUGAGAGUCUAUAUUUAGAUGUGAUGUAUGAGAGGAGCCUACGAAUAUGGGACAUCACCACUGAGAGGGAAGAGAGAAAAGCAUGUUGAAAGCCUGAAGAAAGCGGUCUUACUAAUGGCUGUGAAGGAAGAUAAAAAUAAAGCCAGUCUUUGCUGGAAGUCUUCGACUAAUAAGAGAUGUGGCUGGCAGCUCGUUUUUACGCUGGAGUACAUUUAAUGUUUUGCUAUUUAAGGACUGGGACAGUAAGUUGGGGGUAACCCAAGAAAUCCCAUUAAAAUGUCACAGCAAUCAAACCAUGAAAUCAAACCACUGUAAUUAAACUAAUUAGAUAUUGUGUGUUUGAUGGCACAGUAGGAAACAAAUUAUAGAAUCUGAGAGCAAUUCAGCGACAUUGUGAGUGUUUCAGUUUGACUUUCAGACCCUGUAUUUUCAGAGGGAGCCAAUGUAAGUACAUGGGGAACUAGAUUCAUAUCUUUUCAUUUGUAGUUGACCAUAGUGACAUAAUUAAAGAUAUUGGACAAAUAGAUUUUUGGAAAUUAGCACUGGUCUGCGUUUUUUCCAACCCUUCUAAAACAACUAAUCCACCUUACUUCAUUUUUUAAAAUUUCCUUUAGCUUUCCUGUGCCAUCCUGGACCCACCGAUCCAAUUUUAUUUCUUCACAAGCCCUGAGUUUUACACGUGUUCCCUGGGGUUGCACAGGGGUGUGGAGCCAAAUUGUUCCUCAAUGAGUGCAAUCAAUAAGUGGCAGGUGGGAAUGGCAUGGCGGAAGUGUGUCUGGACAGGCACAAACUCCAAUCUGAUCCUGCAUUAAUCCUCAUUAAGGGAGGUCGGCCAACGCGGCUUAUGAGGACAUUAGGACUGUAUGAGGUGCCCCACGGACUGCCCAAGCGUCGCAAAUGGCUCUCAGCCCACUGCGGCCCCAUAAAUGGACAAUCUCACAUUCAGCAGACGUCAGACCAGAGCCCGGACAGCGCUUUUGAUGUAUUAUUCAUCCAUUAAUGUUCUGGUAUUUAGGAAUAUUCCCAGCCUUAAUUUACGGACACUGCGUUGAAACGAAGCAAACACCAAAGAUUUGUAGCUUAUUUUUUUCAGCUCGGGUCGUAAGUACCCUCUUAUGUUUUCUUUUGAUCAAACAUGAAGCAUUACUGGUUCCCUAUCAUCAGUAAAGCAAUUUGUAGCCUCUCACAAGUUUUGUUCGAAAUGACGGAUCAUUGUGUUGCCUUAGUUACUGUGUCUGUUUUGCCAUUGCUGUGACAUUAAUGGGAAGCUGCCUGGUCAUCUUAUCUCUAAACCCACCAAGCUACAUAGGAAGGCAAAGGUUAUUCUUAUUUGCUCAUUAAAGUGAAAAGGGGGGGGGGGAACAACAUCAAAACAUCAAAAGGAUGUUUGAGUCUAAUCUAGACUUUUUACAUGUUUGUGUAAAAAGCAUCAGUGGAGACUUGUACCUUCAGCUGCAGUUUGCUUCCUGCGCUCGUGGCACAGGGAAACGCAACCAAACACUCACUGCGAACAAAAUUCCUUUAAACAUCAGUUACUGAAAUCAAUGAAGCCUCUAUCACUGAUGCAACCCAGUGGCACGUUCUUAAAAUUGUAUGUGUGUGUGAGUGUGGGGUUGUUUGCAGUACACCAAUGCAAUAUCGAAUGAAACUUUACAAAGAACGAAGGGAGGAGGUGCUCGACUCUGCUCGUCGGACUCUGGACUCGAAGUCACCGAGGAGUGAAACUUGGAAACUGACUGUGUGGUUCUGCCGAGUCUGUCAGCGCGGCCCUGGAUACCAGUGACGGAGAGAUUUUGACGUCUCGAGGCAGAUUUCGGGGAUGAAAUGAUUGUGACAGAGACGCAUUAUGUUCUAUAGACCUGCAUUCGCCUGACUCGGCAGCCUGAUGUCCGUACCUUGUCAUUAGUUUUCUCCUAGUAGAUGUUAUGUAUAUUGAUAAAAAAAAAAAGUGUUGUUCAGAAAUCAUGUCUGUAAGAGUAUUUUGGCUUUGGUGCUAUAGAUACUUUUGUAGCAGUAGGCGUUACUUUUUUCAAAUGGUGGAAGAGUAAAUUUGAAAUAAAAGUUUUCUACCUAGAAAAAAUAUAUAUAUAAAACAUAAUUCUGUUUUGUUUUUAGUUUUUCAAAUCAGAUGUUCAGAGGUACAAGAAGUAGUACGGCCAUGUUGAAGAAAACAAUACUGAGAUUUCGAAAAUAAAGUCUGAAUAUUAUAAGGAAGAAAUUGGAAUUGUUGCAUUAAGAAUAACUUGGUAAUAUUAUGAGAAAGAAGUUGCAAUUUUAUAAGAAUUAAAUUGUAAUAUUACAUGAUAAAAGUUGAAAUUGUAAAGAAUGAAUUUGGAAUACAUUUACCUUAAAAAGUGGUAAUUUCACGCAAUUGUAUGAGAAUAAAGGUAGAUUAUUUUGAGAAAACUGCUAUAAUUAUACAAGAUAAAGUGAUAUUACGAAAAACGUAAUUAUUGUACCAGAAUAAAGUUAUUAUAUUACCAGGAAAAAGGUGGAAUUUUACGAGAAUAAAGUUAUAAUAUUACCGUGAUCUCAGAUUUCUUCCCCUCAACUUGGCCCUAAUACACUGCUGUAUAAAGGACACCACUGCUUGUGAAUUAUUUCCAACCAUUUCACCAUCCCAGAGACGGGAUGGGAUAAAAGUAACAAAAAAAUAUUAUAGAAUGAUGAAAUUCCAGAUGUCUGAAGAAAAAAAGCGUGUAAGAAUUAUGAAUCUUUUUUCAUGGCAUGCCGGUUCCAUUUGUGAGAAGAGAGUGUUUUCUAUGAAUAAGCAUGUCUUGCCUUGAGAACUCUUUGAGCUGUGUUUUGCUGUUUCUAUACUUUAUGUACAAUAAAAGACUGCAGCUGUGUGAAACGUGUCCGUGAAGAAAACAAAAGGAGCCUAAUGUAUCUUGUCAAAGUGUGACCGUUGGAGUCUGCAUUCGUUGUUGCUACAGGAACUCUGAACUGCUUCCCAUGCACCCCACACAUCGAAACAAAUCGCGGUCUGAGGAUGUUCGUGUGGAGACGUUCCACCCUGUCAUCGCAUCAUAGGUGUUACCACAUCGGUCCUUAUUAUAUGCAAGCGGACAGUCCCACAUUGUGCUGCGGCAAACAUUGGAAUGAGUUGCGUCCCAUGUUCAUUUUCAGUGAAUUUAUGCUUCAAAGGUCCUGCUGACAGACUGCUGUGUGUGUGUGUGUGAAGUGUGUGUGUGUGUGUGUGUGAAUGGAACUGUGUUCUAAGUGUGUGUUGUGACUUUUCUUGCAUUAGUUGUGUUACACUCUUGUUUAGUGAGUUUCCAAUAAACAUAUGUAUGCUUAA